UUCGUCGAUGCAGUUGGUAAUUAAGAAGAAGCUAAGAGAUGGAAAUUCGAAAGAAGUUAAUGCAAUUAACGUUUCUUUUUUGCGUUUUCUGCGCAAUGUCACUUGCUCGAUCUUCCAGCUAUGGCAAAAACACGACAGAUUUUGCAGAGCAUAUCCAUCACCAAAGAGCCUCUUCAACUGGAAUGGUACCGACGUCUUCGAAGUGUGCCGGAUUGAACAACGAAUCGGGUCACUGCGAGCACUUGAAACGGUGCUUAUCUCAUGAGUAUGGUUCAAACUUUACGCUGGCUAUAAAUCACUCGUGCGUAAUCGACCAAACAUACACAGGCAUUUGUUGCUCGAGACACGGGAACGAAACGCGUACAAAUUCUAUGGUAGACGAGGAUUUUGUCGACACUCUUCCGCAGAUUGCUGCGAGUGACGAUAAGAAAGAAAAUGAGGUGAGAAUCGUUUGGUCGGGCGAGCAUAGAACGACAACGUCUCGGCCUAAAAAUCCGGCAUUGAGAGGAUGCGGAACUACAUUGAAAAGUCAAAGCAAGUUGGUGGGCGGUAGACCGGCCGAUCCCACGAAAUGGCCCUGGAUGGUGGCUCUUCUUACGACGAAUAACGCUUACUAUUGUGGCGGUGUGCUCGUCACCGAUAGACACGUUUUAACUGCUGCCCACUGCGUUUACAGAUUUGGACCGCAGGACAUCAAAGUCAGGCUCGGAGAAUACGAUUUCGCGACGAGCGAAGAAACGAGAGCCGUGGAUUUCACGAUUUCCGAAAUACGUAUACAUCGAGACUUUAUUCUUGACACUUUCGCAAAUGACAUAGCAAUAGUGAAACUGUAUCUACCGACCGUCUUCAACAGUUAUAUUUGGCCCGUGUGUCUGCCACCAAUCGGUCAAACGUUCGAGUACAAGGACGCAGUUAUAACAGGUUGGGGCGCACGCUACUACGGAGGCUCCUAUAGUCCGGUUUUGAUGGAAGUCGAGGUCCCGGUAUGGCCGCAGAGUAAAUGUACGAGCAGUUUCGCUCGACGAAUUGCUAAUACGACGAUUUGCGCCGGCGCUUACAACGGCGGAGGCGACGCUUGUCAGGGUGACUCCGGUGGACCACUCCUUCAUCAGCUUGCAAAUGGCAGAUGGGUAAACAUCGGAAUAGUAUCUUGGGGUAUUCGAUGCGGAGAACCUGGACGUCCUGGAAUAUACACACGCGUCAAUUCCUAUCUUGAUUGGAUAUUCGAGAAUGCUGUAUUCUAAGCCUAGGAUCGCAUUUAAUUUGUUAAACGAGUGUCCCUUUAUAAUUACGAAAUUACUAAAAUUAUUAAAAGUUAAGACAAGUCCAGACGAAAGACAAAGCAACUUCGGUUUGGUCGGUUUUAAUUUUUGCAAAUGUAAAAAUGGCUCGUUUCCGAUAGAAGCCUAAUCUAAUCUAAGAAUCUGGAAUCUGGAAUCUAAGAUCUAAGUGAUAUGUAAAAAAAAAAAAAAAAAAAAAAAAAUAGGAGAUUCUAAGAUAAAGAUAUCACAUCAGAGAAAUUUUAAUUUAAAAAGAUUAACGACUUAACUCGUAAAAUUUCGGAUGUUGAUGUAAAUAACGAUGCGAAAAUCAAAAUUUAAGCAGCCCAGGUUUCUAAAUAGCUGAAAUAAUUAAGAGUUUUUGUAUCAAUAAACUUUGAAACGUUGAAAAGCAGCGGAAUGAUAGAAAACUAAUUAUCAAGACCACACGAAGGAAAAGGUAAAACUUUAGUUACCUUGGAUGUUUUAAAAUCGUGAAAUAUGUUGCUGCUGUCAGGACAGAUUUCGUGUUUUCUUGCUUGGUUUCUUUAUUCCUUACGUCGAUCGUACAGGGACACGAAUCGGAGAGGAGUCUGGUAUCGUGCGUGGAAACGAAGAAAUUUUAUUUUCCGAAUAUCGAUUGUUACAUCGUUCAAAAAGAGAUUGACACGAAUAGAGAGAAAUUCGAUUCUUAGGACGUGUGUGGCCGCAAUUUUUAUAUGUAUGUACUUUCUUUUAUGGCGUGGACGCGCAUAUAAGCAGCCACGCGCGUGCACGACGCUAUGCGACCGAUUUUCGCAUGACGAGUAAGCGUUGGAAGAUUCCACGAUUGAAUCUCCAUUAUUUGAUAACUGACUUUCCGACGAGGUCCAGCCUCUCUUUUCCUUUAUAUACACCGAUAUACUUAUAACUUCAACUCUUCAUAAAUGUAUAUAUGUGUAUGCGUGAAUGCGCGCUCAUGCGUACGUAUACAGUGUGUCCCAGAGUUUAACAACCAAACUUUGUCAGUGUAUUCUAUGGAUACGAUCCAGUAGAAAAUGUUACACAAAGCUUAGCUAUGAAGCGUUGAGAUACUCUAUAUAUGUAGAUUUAUGUGUGAGAAUCAUUAUACAUAGAGUGUCACGCCUAAAACAGGUCACCUAAUUAUCUUCGGCAUCUUAGAGCAUACAAAGAGUAUAUUACGCUACCAGUCAUAAAUAUUAAAACAUCCCAUUGACAUUUAGUACAAACUGUGUUUAGUCGUUCAUUCGUGUUAUACGUGCCUUAUAAUAUAAAAUAGUACAUGGAUUAAAAUUCAUUGGUAAUACUGUAUGCACAUUCGCGUUUUGUACGAAACCAAUUAAAUGGAAUCUAAGCAGAGAUUUGCUUCGACCAGUAAAUGUUCUAAUGAGUAUAUACCACGUAUAUGUUAUAUAUUUUUGCACACUGUGCGUAUUAUACGCCUUUGAAUUUCCAUGGAUAUAUAAAAAUCCGCAAUCUAUUCGUUAGAAUUUUCCAAGAAACGUAACGAAUACAUAUUUCGAUACUUAUGGCCAGUAGCGUACAUGAAUAUAAUUUAAAUUUGUAUCAAAGGACGUAUGCUCUGUAUACGGUAUUCCGAAUUUAGUUUCGCGGAGUUCGUAUGCAGUUUGUCGAACUUCGUAGACGCGCACGAGGUUUUUUAAGAAACCAGAAGACGAAUAGGUGGCCUCCUUCGAAUCGGGCAUACCGUAUACGUAUAUUAAAUAUACGCUCGUUUUCAUCAAACAUAGAAACAUGUGCGCGUAAAAUUUCCAUUUUUGCAAACGUAUAACAUUAUGUCUAUACUUUAACAUUCUUCCUCCAUUAUUUUCCACUCUGAUCGCUCGUCUUCUCCGAAAUGUUCGAUCCGAGGGUGCCUACUACAUUCUAACGGGACGUGUUUCGAUCGAAUCGACGAAAAUCAAUAGCGAUAGGAUACAUGCUACGCUGAAGGGAACGCGGAAGACAAAGUAUUCGAUCGAUUUUUCUAAUAUUCAAAGUUACAUUCCUAUGUACCCUUUUCGUAAUUUCUUUUCAAUUCAAAACUCACGACCACUCCCCUCUGCCGUUGCUGUCCUCUUUUGGCUUUUCGAUCGAUUUC